AACUCUUCUAGAAACUCCAGCGAUUUCUUAUCAGAGGUUAAAAAAAUGCGGCUAUAUAUAAUUUCAGAAUGUCAUAGAGACACAUUGUGUGUGUAUAACAGGAGAUUUGAUGACAAAAUGUCGAGUGAAACAGGAAAACUUAACUUCUUAGACCGUUAUCAUUGAAACUAAACAGAUGGUAGAAUGACGCCAAGCCAGUAGCUAUCAUUAAAUGCAUGCAUAUUUAAGGUGUCGAAUUUCAAUCAUUAGUAUAGCUUGGCAGGCGAAAUAAAAGAAUCGUUGUUGUCAUAACAAUACUGAGGGGUGUGGUGUGCUAAACAGGAGUGAAACCACACCCCAGAACAUCUCCGGAACGAGAGAAUGAAAGACACGAAAUAAACUUCAUUCAGUAAUUAGAGAAAGUAGCGAAAGGUUUGGUCAGUAGGAUGCGAUUCUUCUUUAUCCUCUUCACUAUAGAAGUUUUGAUAGUUAGAAAUUAUUGUUUUUUGCCGUUAUCUAGAAUUAAACGUAAUAAUGAGAAAGAUAAUGAAAAUAUGAAAAAUGACACUUACAACAAACAGCAUAUAAGUAUAUUUACUGAUCCCAAAACUGGCAAAAAUCCAUACGUAGAUAUAACAGAAGCGGAACCGACCGAUAAUUUUCGAAAUAUCGAUAUGUUGAACACACCUCAGAAUAACCAAUACCUGUUAAACCAAGGUAAUCCAAGAGAAAUGAACGCAAGUGUCAAUCAAAAUAUCUGGACCAACGAAAUAUUGGUAGAACGUGGCAGACUCUUGAAAAACGAGUACAGGUUAGACACCGAAAGUAAAAAUUCGUCGUCUUUUAAAGAAAAUGUUACGCAUUCUACAAUGUAUCUUCGUAAUAAAGAAGAAACAGAUACGGAUGUUUUCACUCCUACUUCUUUCAGUUACGUUAAUGUCACAACUAGUCUAGUCAAUUCGUUAUCGUCACCCUCCAUUGAAACUUAUCUGAUUACUGCUACAUCAAUCAUAUUUUUAAUGGCUGCUAUCAUUAUAGUAUUUGGAGUAUGGAAAUGGAGAUGGUUAGGAAGACAGCAUCGAAGGAAUAACGAGAAAACAACCGUUCAUCACAAUCCUACAUAAGUAUCCUUUAUUCACCCAAAUUUUUAAAAUGUAACGCCAUUAUAAAUGCUGAUUUAAAACACAUAGAUGUAUCAAUAUUGUUAUGAUUAAUAUUAUAUUGAUAGCGUGUCUUGUAAUCCUGUAAAAAUUUAACG